GUACUGCAACGAGGUUUUCGGAAACGAGGACAUUGUCUCGUCCAUCGGAUCGACUCCGAUACGUCGGGUCGGGAUCGAUCCGGAUCACCAUCGGUGGAUGGACAAUAGCACGAGAUACAAUUAUAACUUCAGAAUGCUGGUGGAACCGCGCCCGGUGACCUGUCCUUCUCAUCUGUACGCAAUCGUCCCGUCAGCACCAAAGAACAUCGAGAGGCGGAGGGCGAUCAGACGAACUUGGGCUAAGGAUGUGCAGUCGAGAGGAAACUCACGACUUAUCUUCUCCUUGGGGAAGUCGAAUGACCGCAAACUCGACAUCGAUCUUAAAUACGAGCAGGAGACGCAUGAGGACGUGCUCGUUUUCGACUUCGAAGACUCCUACGAGAACGCGACGCUCAAAACCGUAUUGAGCGUGGGAUACGCUGCCAGGUGCCGACCGGCUUACUUUUUGAAAGCUGACGAUGACACUUACGUGAACGUGGAACGCCUUCUCGCGAGCAUCAAACUCAUCGAGGGAGCCCUCAAGGAACCGUUCUUCGCAGGUCAGGUUCAUUAUCGAGCGAAGCCUCAUCGGACCUUUUCGAAAUGGACAGUGGACUACGUGGAAUAUCCAGAAUAUUCGUAUCCUCCGUACAUCAGUGGGAAUCUAUACGUGAUUUCGGGAUCCUUGCUACCCUCGGUGGCCGCUACCGCUAUGCACACUCGACAUCUCCAUCUGGAGGACGUUUUCAUGACUGGAUUGGUAGCGACUAAGUUGAUGGUACCGCGAGUUUCCAUCGAGGGGAUCUGGGAUCUCAGGAGGGCGACAAGUCACAACUGUGCCUACGAUCGAUUCGUCUCGGGUCAUUAUAUCGAGGCGUCGCUCAUGGAACGAAUACAUGACGACCGACGGAAUUUAGUCCAAUCCUGCAUAUCGCUGUUCUUCCUCAGUUGGUGCAGGUGUGUCCCGAAAAUCACCGAAAUUUUCGUCGUUUGAAGAAGACGAUCCAACGUGGAAUUUGAGCCUCGCUACUUGUCGAUGUCGCGUUACCGAUAUUCGACGGCUCACCCGCGCUCGUCGACUACUCAGGCUGUGUGGAGCUUCGCGCUCUAAGCAACCGCUCGGGGACCAGCAAUGUGGACAGUUUACUGUGAAUCAUAGAUAUUUGAAAUGACUGGUUGUGAUUAAGGGUCUGUGGAUACGCUCCGCCCUCUUUUUUCCCAGCGUGCGUCCACGCGAGCCCACUCACUCACUCUCUAGUGGCACAUUUUUGUUCCCACGAACUACAUACACUGUGAUUCUCUUACGAUCUCGUACGAUGGUACAGCCGUAGAGUGUCCGGGACUUUCCUCCUAGCGAGCCGGAAUAAACACUUCUGUAU